AUGGGCCGCUUCUGGGUGUGUCCGUUCUGCACAAUGGCGAACCCGGUGGAGGAGGCGUACUUCUGCAACCUGGACGCACGCAACAACCGCCUCGAUCGGGCGGAGAAGCCAGAAUUGUCGCACGGUAGCGUGGAGUACGACGUCGGGGCGUACCCCGAGUAUGCACUGCGCGACGAGAAGGAUAACUCCAUUCCCGUUCGACCGCUGCACUACUUGUUCCUACUGGAUGUCUCACAAAGGGCGGCCGCGACGUUUCUCUCAGACUACGUGGAGGCACUGCUGAAGUCUCUCCACGAACUUGCGCAGCAGUACCCCCAGUGUCGCGUGGCCUUCAUCACGUAUGGGUCCACAUUGCAUUUUUACAACGUGCGGCACCCCCGUAUUCCGCAGCUGAUUGUCGCUGAUGUGGACAAUCCGUUCGUCCCGCUGCCUUUCACAAGCCUUUGCUGGCUCACGCUCGGCACCGACCUUGACCUUGUCGACGCCUUCCUGAUGCGUGUGCCAGAGUACGCUGAGGAUUUGCACGAGACGCAAAGCGCCAUGGGUGCCGCGGUGCAGGUGGCCAUGCUUGUUCUCGCUGGCCAGCACGGCGGGCAUGUAGUUGUCAGUGCACACAGGGCACCACAGUGUGGUGUUGGCGCAAUAAAGCUGCGUGAACAGCACACGUUGUACGGGACCGAUAAGGAGAAGGAUCUACUCCGUCCUAUAGAUGGCUUUUGGAAGACAACAGCAACUGCAUGCGCCAAACAGCAAAUUUCUUUUGAUUUGCACAUGUUUGCCGAUGAGUACUGCGAGUUAGUGACACUCUCACAACCAUGCCAUGUCUCCAACGGCCGUGUGCAUCUCUUUGCCAAUUAUGAUCGUGAAACAGAUGCAACAAGGGUGCAAGCGGCUCUUGACCAGACGUUGCUAGAGGAGGCCGGCUACGCGGGAAUAUUGCGUCUUCGCUGCAGUACUGGUCUACGGGUCCAGAGUUACCACGGGCACUUUCUUUCGCAGGACCCACACGACAUGGAUCUCGCCCACGUGCAGGGCUCCUCUACGUUUUUUGUGGAGUUUGCACACGAGGGGAAGCUGGAGAAGACCUCCCACGCAUACUUUCAGGUGGCGCUACUGUACACCACACGCGGAGGGCAGAGACGGGUGCGGGUGCACUCAGUUCGCAUGCCAGUCGUCACGACUCUCACAGGCGUCUUCGAGUCGGACCUCGAGGCCACACUCAUGGCCUACAUCCACGAGGCAAUUGGUAUUGCCGUGAACAAGGGGCUACAGCAGGCUCGCACUGCGGCACAGGAGCGGGUUCUAAAAAUGCUUAUCGCCUAUCGUCGUGUGUGCUCGUCGAAAGCGACCACAUCCCUUUUGAUGCCGUCGCGCCUGCGACUCAUUCCACUCUACGUGCUCUCGCUGCUCAAGGCGGACGCGUUGGUGGAGGGCACUACGGUCCGCAUCGACGACCGUGUGCAGAAGCUGUUUCACCUCAUGACGAUCCCGAUGCACCAGUGCCUGACGUAUCUGUAUCCGACGCUGUACGCUGUGCACCACCUGCCGACGGACCCCACCAGCGGCAUCAUUGAUGUAGCAACAGGCCGCUGCAUCAUGCCUGGCUGGCGGCAGCUCAUCUUCGACAGCAUCACCAGCGACGGCGUCUAUGUACUCUGCGACGAGCAGGCGCGGCUUGUGUAUAUGUGGGUCGGCUCCUGUGUCACGCCGGAGCUCGCGAUCGAACUCUUUGGCACAUCGAAUGCCGCGGAGGUGGGACGCAGCGUCUUCUUCGACGACUUCGGCGAGAAGCUGCGCAAUGUGUUGUGCGCCUGUCUCCUACGUGAAGACGGGAUGCGGCGGCUCGUCAUCCUACACGAGAGGGACCGCACAGAGGAUGCCUUCUUCCGGCAGCUGAAGGAGGAGAACGAGGGCGGGUCAAUGGGCUACGAUGAGUUUCUUGUGCGGCUGCACCGCGAGGUCAACAAGUCGCUGUCGUGA